AUGCGAACAAAGCAAGUGUGGCUUCUCGUGCUGACGGUGGCCGUACUGCUCAUAUUCUACCUGCUCGUCACGUCGUCGUCCGACGAGUCCGGCUACACGCACUACGAAAGUGGAACCAACCCGAGAGCCUCGCGCAAGUUUCGCAAUGUGAUUGUGCAUCUGGAUCUGAAGGGAGCUCCGCCACGUGUCGAAUAUCUGGAGCAGUUUUUCGCAUUGCUCUCCAGACAUUUCGUGGAUGGAGUCCUCAUUGAGUACGAGGAUAUGUUUCCGUAUUCUGGGGAGAUUGAGCCGAUUCGGAGGGACGUUCAUUACUCGGUAGCGGAUAUUCGGAGGAUUCUGGCGGCCGCCGAAAAAAAUAAUUUGGAAGUGAUUCCGUUGAUUCAGAGCUUUGGCCACCUGGAGUUUGUUCUGAAACGCCCUCACUUUAUGCAACUCAGCGAGGAUCUGAUUGAUGUAAUCCUGAUAAAUCGUCUAACAUUUACAAACUAGUCGAAUUUCAGCUCAACACAAUUUGCAUUUCCGACGAGAAAUCCAUCGAAAUCGUUCAGCAAAUGAUCCUUCAAAUACGUGAACUUCAUCCCAACGCCACGCGAAUUCACAUCGGAGCCGACGAAGCGUACCACGUGGCAGAGGAUAAGCGGUGCACGGAUCGGAUGGAAAAGGAGAAGAUCGGAAGGUCGCAGCUCAAAAUGAAUCACAUUGCACGCAUCGGAAAGUUUGCAAGAGGGGCGGGCUUUAAAACGGUCUUCGCGUGGAACGACAUGUUCGACAAGGAAUCUGAGGACUCCAUUCGAGAGGCGAAAGUGCACGAAUACAUAGUUCCGGUUGUGUGGGGGUACCGGACAGACGUCACAGAGCCCGGCUACUUCCCCGACGGACUGUUCGAUCGGAUUGCCGACGUGUUCGACGAGUUCUACGUGGCAAGUGCGUACAAAGGCGCCGACGGGUCCCGCCAGCAGUUCUCGAACAUUUCUCGCUAUCUGGAAGUGCAGAAGAGCUAUGUGAAGCUGAUGGAUCUUCAUCCGAAUGCCGGCAAGAAAGUGGAAGGGAUCUUCGUGACGGGCUGGAGCAGAUACAAUCAUUUCAAUGUGCUCUGCGAACUGCUCCCGGUAGCCGUGCCCUCUCUCAUCGUCGACUUGACGUUUCUCAACUAUCAGUUGGGCUCGAGCAGAUCCUGGAAGGCGAUGAAGGAGAGUCUCCGAUGUGGAGACAAGCAUUAUCUGCGGGGGAUUCAGAUCGAAUGGGCCAUCCACGAUUGCUCGUUUCCCGGAGCGAACGCUUUCGAAAUUGUGAUGAAUGACUGGAAGAAUCUGGUGGAUCGUCGGAUUUUCGGUAAAAACGGGAUGCGGUCGACAUCGGCGGAAGCCGUUACAGUACUCAAUCGUCUCAAAAACGCUCUGAAAGACGUACUGUACAAGAACGACAUCGAGGAAGUGUAUAAUCAGUACCUGCAAGACUUCCACUCGAUACAGACUAGUUCGGAUGUGGACGGGAGUACUGUAGCCGAGAAGAACACUCUGUCGAGAUAA